GUUGAAGACCUGUUCCUACUUUGUCUCCUCCCAGCACCAGCCCCUCCAGUGCUGUCUGUGGUGCUGACUGGGCUGAGGAAGAGAAGAGAGGAGGUUCCUUGGGAGGAAAUAGGAAAGGUGCAGAGAUUAGACAGCGGGGCCCAUACCUCUUGCCCAUACCUCUUGCCCUUGCAGGAGAAUCGGAGCCUAACUAUUAAACUGCGGAAGCGGAAGCCAGAGAAAAAGGUGGAAUGGACAAGUGACACUGUGGACAAUGAACACAUGGGGCGCCGUUCAUCAAAAUGCUGCUGUAUUUAUGAGAAACCUCGGGCCUUUGGUGAGAGCUCCACUGAGAGCGAGGAGGAGGAAGAAGAAGGCUGUGGUCACACACACUGCGUACGGGGUCAUCGCAAAGGACGGCGUCACACAACCCCAGGACCAACCCCGACCACUCCUCCCCAGCCUCCUGACCCCUCCCAGCCCCCUCCAGGACCUAUGCAGCACUAACUCCCUCUCCUUCACUAUUCCUGUGUCUGCCUGGCCCCCCAUGUAUCCAUCUGGCUACGUGGGAACUCAACCCAUGGUCUGAUCCCUUCUCUAACCCCCUCCUUCCCUUUCUUCUGCCUGGUAGAGAAGAGGAAGAGGAGGGUGGACAGAGACCCUGGAGUUCUGACUUGCUGCUGUUCCAGAACCCAGGCUUCUGGGUUCCCCCAGCCCUCAUUCUUCCUGUUUUCCCUCUUGCUGAGGAUCCAGGCAUCUUGGUCCCAGUCUGUUCCUGUUCUCACUGCCAAACUGCCUGUCCUAGGAUCCAGUUACCUGGGCUGCCUGCACCCUCAAUUUGAGUCCCAAGCACUGACACUGGGUUUCCAACCGCCCCAGCUUUCACUGCCAGGGUCCCAGUCAGAUUCCAGGCAAUCCUGCACCCAGCUCUGCGUGUGAAUCCUGGCUUCCAGUUCUCCCAUUUGCGCAGUUAGGUCAUCUUAAAUUUUAGUCCUUGCCUCUGGGAUAGAGGGUCUUAUGAGACCAUCUGGCUCCUAGCCCUUCCCUCGUUACCCCUUACCACCCCACGUGGAGUUAGAGGUCUUGUCAUCCACACAGGAAAGUGAAACCAAAAAUAGUCAUGUCCUGAAUCCCAGCCUUUGAUGGGAUGUAAGUUUUCUGACAUAGCUGGCUUGAGGCUGGUGACUUAGAGCCAACCCUCUUCUCAGCCUUGAACCUUUGAGCUUAGUGUCACUGGCCCAAGGGCCUGGGUCCCUGAAAGGAGAGAGAGGGGGAGAGCAAAGAGAUAGGGGAGG